AUGGCUAUGGUGGAAGAUCUGCAGUUAAGGAUCAUCAGAACCAAAGUACAACAGCCUUUCCACCCAACACCGGAUGGGAGUGGAACAGGGGUAACUGCACCUGGACAUACUAUAGUUCCCAGUACAGCUUCCCCUCCUGUCUCCAGUGCCUCCAAUGAUCCAGUGGGCUCCUACUCCAUUAAUGGGAUUCUGGGGAUUCCUCGAUCAAAUGGUGAGAAGAGGAAACGUGACGAAGAAGUAACAGAAAGCUCGGUCCCCAAUGGCGAUUCCCAGAGCAGUGUGGAUAGUUUGCGGAAGCAUCUUCGUGCUGAUACUUUCACACAACAGCAACUGGAAGCAUUAGAUCGCGUCUUUGAGCGGCCUUCUUACCCCGAUGUCUUUCAGGCAUCUGAGCACAUCAAAUCUGAGCAG